AUUCUGAACCCUUAACUUCUGCCAUCCUUCCCAUCAACAAUACUCUCUAUCUCUCUUCUUCGCCUUCUUGCCCUUUAAUUUUGCACCAACUUUCAAUAAAAGUAUUUUAUCUUCUUCUUUUUUUCUAGUCCAUCAACUCUAUUGUGCUAAUAUAUCUCUUUGAAAAAAAGGAAAACCCUAGCUAGACCAAAAGAUUACAGUUCAUUUGUUGUGAGCUAGGCCUCUUCUCUUAUUGUGCUUUUCUUCAUUUUUUUUCUUUUUUGGUAUAUUGGGGACAUUGAAUCCUGUGACUGCCAUGGCAGAACUUUUGGGGAUCUGCAUAGAUGGGCUACUUCUUGUAUCAGCUUUCAGGUAGCUGUCUCCAGCCUGCAUCAGAUGUUAUUAACUCACUACACACCAAACACAACCACAACAAUAAGAAAAACGGCAACCAUUUUGAAGAGCCAAACAAAAACCGGCACACAAGUUUCCUCCCCAAGCUGAUAAAACCCCCUUCUAAAUCAAGCGCAGUGUCAUUUUGAGAGGUCAACAAAAUGGGACUUAAAGGUUAUAGCGCCGGAGAUAAAGUAGGAGAGAUAAUAGAGGUUCCAGGUGGUCACAUCAUUCGAGCCACUGGACGAAAAGACCGUCACAGCAAAGUUUUCACAUCAAAGGGUCCACGUGACCGGCGCGUGAGACUUGCAGCUCACACGGCGAUUCAGUUCUACGACGUGCAAGACCGGUUGCAGUAUGACCGGCCAAGCAAAGCCGUGGACUGGCUCAUCAAGAAAGCUAAAGCUGCUAUUGAUAAGCUCGAAACCACUCAAGAACCAGAGAAUACUACUACUAAACCGGGCUCUUCUUCUUCCGAGCCCAACUUGGUUGAUACUCAAACGCAGUUUGUGGCGGCCAAUCUUGAUCCUGAAGAAGCAAUGAAAACGUUCUUCCCGGCGACAACAAGCGGCGGUGGUACGAACAUGAAUUUCCAAAACUACCCUCAUCAUCAUGAUACCGACAAUAUAGUUUCAAGAACCACAACAACAACACCGAAUCUUAGCCAAGAUCUUGGUCUCUCUCUUCACCCAUUUCAAGGAAACAACAUCAGCAACACAGUAGUCCCCGAGACCAACAACUUCGCCACGGCUCAUUUCGAGACAUUCGGGAGAAUCUCUGGAUGGAACAAUCACGAUUUAACGAUGACGUCAUCGUCAUCUCCAUCCGAACAACAACAAGAGCAAGAAAGAGGUAAUGGUGGUUUCAUGGUGAACCUUCACCAUCAUCAACCAUCGAUGAUGACAUUGCUUAACAGUCAGCAACAACAAGUGUUUCUUGGUGGCCAACAACAACAACGGGGUACCCUUCAGUCCAGUUUAUUCCCUCACUCGUUUCGUUCUUGGGACCAUCAUCAUCAAACGACUUCGGACAAUCAUCAUCAUCAUCAUCAUCAUCACAAUCAAGCUUCUCCUGUGAUGUUUGCUUCUUCAUCACAGUAUGGUUCUCAUGGGAUGAUGAUGAUGCAAGGCCUCAGCUUCCCCAUCCAUGGAGAAGAAUCUACUCAACCAAACUCCUCUUCUUCUCCUCCUCCAAACUCACACCUCUAAACGCAGAGAAAGGGGUGUUUCUCAUUUCUUAUGACGCUGAGCAAAAAGGAGGAAUUAAUGAGAUGGAAGAAGAGUACGCAAUAUAUUUAUCAUUUUACCAUCUAUGACCUAUCUAUAUGUUUAUAGAUGUGUGCCUUCAGUUGUUAUGAUUCAAGACUACUAUUACUCUCUUCUUAGUAUUUUUAUUAUUCAGUUUUGCUCAUUUGUUUUAUGAUUUUAAAUUGCUCAUCAAGUUUACGAUGUUGAACGAGGUGGGCUCUUUGUGUGUGUUUUAAUAUGACCUUGUGUUGAGACAUUAAUGUUAUCUCAUUUUUGUUCUACAAGUGAGUUAUAAUUUUCAGAUUUUCUUUUUUCGUU